AUGGCCGCCUCCAGCAGUGCACGGCACAUCGUGAUGCGCGUGGACAAGUGCGGUAUGUGUGCUGGAGACGCUGCAAACAUUGUGGGCGAGAGCGGCGGCAGUUCGACACAGUGGAAGCUGGACAAUGGCCGCUCCGUCCAGAAGAACCAAGAAGGUCAGGUGUGGACUAUGCACUAUGGACAGGGGCUGACGCGCAAGCAGCAGGCGCAGCUGCACUCGGCGAUCGAGGCGGUGGCUGCGGAGCGUGCCGCGCCGUCGGAGCGUGCAGCGCCGUCAGUGGCCAGCGGGGCGGCGCUGCUGCAGCCCGCGGCUGCGAUAGCAGCUGCGAACGCGGCGCCCGAGCUCACUGCCGAGAACCGCGGGUUCCGCAUGCUGGCGCGUAUGGGGUGGCGGCCGGGUGGCGGCGUCGGCAGGGAGGCGGAGAGCGCGCGCACGCACGGCAUUCAGAUUGCGAUGCAAGCGCACCGCGCCUCGGACUUCCUCGGCAGCUUCGACUUUCUCAGCGCCGCGGCGGCGGGCCUCCAUCCCCCUCCCGCCGCGCCCGACCCCACGCCCACCGAGGUUGCCGGCAGCAGCCUCGCACAGUCCGAUGGCUCACCGGCACCCGCGCUUUCCCCUGCCACCGCGCCAGCCGGCGUGGCCGCGCCGGGCGGUACCGCCGCGCCAGCCGCUGCCGCCGCGCUGGGAGGGGGCAAUGGUAACGGAGGGAGCAGUGGCCGGCACGGAGGGAGCAGGGGCGGCGCGUGGGCUUGCGCGCCCCAGCCGCCGCGGCUGCCCGACCCCCCCACGUCGACCUGGCCCCCGAUUGGCGAGCACGAGGAGUAUGACCCCGCACGGCCGCAGAUGGACCUCCGCCCGUCGCUCCUCGCAGCGGCCGCCUCGCCGCUCGGAGGUGUGGAGAAGGUCUGGGCACGGCCUUCGCUCUCGUCCGUUGCGCCGCCCACGCUCCAGCAGCGCUGGCAGCCGAGCGGCGCAUACGCAUCGGCCGAAGACCCGCGGCUCCGCUCGCGCGCGUACAUGGGCAGCGCCAGCGGCGUGCAGCGCGGCUGGAGCGCAGUAUCGGCUAUCGCGCGCCGCGCGGCCGUCCCCCGAGUUUAG